AUGGCCAAGUUCGACUUGACAGCCCGAAUCGGCCAGUACUUGGACCGUCAUCUUGUGCUUCCUCAUCUCGAGUUUCUCAGCGCCAAAGGAGUUUUUGAUGAAAAUGACUUGCUACAAGCUAAACUCGACACUCUUAGUAAAACCAACAUGAUUGAUUACCUGAUUGACGUUAAACAACAGUUACACCCAGAAAUCAAUGUUCUGGAGGAGAUGAAAAACAGAAGACAAGAAAUCUUGCAAGAACUUGUAAGACUGCAGGAGAACGCCAAAGUUAUCUUGGAUUUGAUCAAUGAUGAAAAAAUCAUGAAGAAAAUGGAAAGCAUGCGUGACUCCAAGGCUUUGAUCAAAUUUCUUGGAGAAGAAACAAAUUUUCGGAUAGAAAUGAUGGAUGAUAUUGUUAAACUUGCCAAGUAUAGAUACGAGUGUGGAAACUAUGAAGUGUCAAGUUCAUACUUGUAUUUUUAUAUGUUAGUAAUGCCACAAUCUGACAAGAACUACUUGAAUGCAGCAUGGGGAAAAUUGGCAUUAGAAAUCCUUACUCAAGAGUGGAACACCGCUCUUGAUGACAUUAACAAACUCAGAGAAUUUAUUGAUGGAAAUAUUGGAAACCCACUGCAACUACUUCAACAAAGAACUUGGCUUAUUCAUUGGAGUCUUUUUGUGUUCUUUAAUCAUUCUAAGGGCAGAGACAUGAUCAUCGACAUGCUGCUCUACAAGCAACACUAUUUGAACGCUAUCCAGACAACGUGCCCACACAUUUUACGUUAUUUGGCUGCUGCAGUUAUUGUGAAUCAGGCAAGAAGACCAGCCCUAAAGGAUCUUGUUAAAGUAAUCCAGCAAGAAUCGUAUACCUACAGAGAUCCGAUUACAGAAUUUUUGGAACAUCUUUACGUGAAUUUUGAUUUCAACGGUGCUAGACAAAAACUGCAAGAGUGUCAAAAUGUCUUGUGCAAUGACUUUUUCCUCAUUGCUCUGCUCAACGAUUUCGUUGAGAACGCAAGAUUACUGAUAUUUGAAACUUUUUGCAGAAUUCAUCAGUGUAUUAGCAUCCAGAUGUUGGCUGAAAAGCUCAACAUGGAAGUCGACGUAGCUGAAUGUUGGAUUGUAAAUCUUAUUCGCAAAGCGCGACUUGAUGCCAAAAUUGACAGCAAGCUUGGACAUGUGGUGAUGGGUGGCCAGCCUGCUUCCCCGUAUCAACAGCUUGUUGAAAAAAUUGAAACGCUAAGUGUUAAAAGCGAAGCUUUAGAAAGUUUGAUAGAAAUGAAAGUCAAGGCAAAAAAUAACAUCUCAUGGAACUCAUAAAGAUUCUUACGAUCCAAAGCCCGAAUUCCAUAAUAAAUGUGGAAAAACUUUUACAUUUGUACAAAAUAAAAGGUUUUUUUACUUGAAGUAUUAUUAUAAAAACUCAAAUAUGAACUAAUUAAUGUCACCCAGGCUUUGAGAGAGAAAUAAAUAAAAAUAAAAAGCGAUGUAAGAAAAUA